AUGGGAUCUCUACAAGAUCAAGUUGUAAUCAUCACUGGGGCCUCAUCGGGAAUAGGGCUAGUCACGGCAACUGCUGCCCUGAGAGAGGGCGCCCAGGUCCUAGGGGUGGAUAUUUCCUCGCCGCCGACAUCACUUGUCGAGUGUCCAAAAUUUGCAUUCUGCCAGGGAAAUCUAGUUGACCCUGGCACACCACAAAAGGUAGUAUCAGCAUGCAACGAGGCGUUUGGGAGGAGAAUUGAUGCGCUCUUGAACAUUGCUGGUGUUAUGGAUCAUAACUCGAGCGCAGAUUCAGUUGUGGACAGCGUGUGGGAUCGAUGUAUCGCUGUUAACCUCACUGCUCCCGUGAAACUGAUGCGUGAGGUGCUCCCCAUAAUGCGCGAACAGAAGUCUGGCAGUAUUGUGAAUGUUGCCAGCAAAGCUGCGUUGAGCGGUGCAGUUUCGGGUGUGGCGUACACAGCGAGUAAGCACGGUCUUAUUGGGGUCACCAAGAACGUAGCUUGGAGGUUCAAGCAUGAAGGCAUUCGUUGCAACGCCAUAUGCCCCGGUGGUGUCAGCAACGAUACAGGCAUCCUUAAAGAUCUUGACAUCAACGCAUUCGACAAGCAUGCCCUAGCUGCCAUGUCGCCAAUACACGCGGCGCAUUCUUCGGACAAGGAGAAGGGAUAUGCCAUCACGCCAGAUGACGUUGCUAAUUGUCUGUUGUUCUUGAUUUCUUCAGCCAGUCGGAGAAUCAAUGGCGCGGUGAUUCCAAUUGAUAAUGCUUGGUCGACGAUUUAA